UGACAAUCGUGUCUUUUUAAGUCGGUCGUCAUUUUUUUUCCUUUGGUCAAUCACUCUCGAAUUGAAGUUGCACUGAAGCCUCUUUACUAGGCAACAUCGUUCAAGUGUGCACCACACAACAUUCCAAGCUUGGUCAAUCACCCCUGAAAUUUCUAUAUAAUGAAGCUGCCGGGAAAUUUGAUCGAUUGGUCAGUUGUCCUUUUCUUUGAUAGACUAAUUAGUCAAUGACUUUUGCAUUGAAGCUUUCAGGAAACUGCAAGAGGUUUGCUAAUACAUUUAUAAUUAGUCUUAUCAUUACAUCACCUCAGCAAAAUUUUAAUAGAUCGCAACAGUGGGGUGAUAAGAAUGGAUUGAGCUCAGAGCACAAAACAUUUCAAGCCUGAAGUUACACUGAAGCUUCCGUCGACAGUUGUGGAAUAAGUUAAGACGAUGAGCUUAGUCUGGGUUCUGAAUCUGUUUGAGAAACUUUUGUGGAAUACAGUAUUGUUUUAAAUGGAAGUAGAUUAAUCUUCUGGUUGUUUAAUUGCGUCAUUGUUAUAUUCUUUCAUGGUUGCUCGAGCUGAUCUUAUGUUAUCUGGAUGAUACUCUUCCUCUGUGUUUCAUGCAAUGAACAAAAAGUAAAGAUUUUCAUGAAAAUGAAUGGCACAAAUUGUUAUCUGCUACAAUUAUUGAUCUUACUGUUCUCUAAGUAUAUUUAUCAGAGAUUACCAAAUAAGACCAAAAAUUAAAUGCUUCUAUGACUUCAUUCAUUCUGGAAAUUAUUGGAAAUUUCCUGUCCACGUGGGCCUAGAGAUCAUUUCAAGAAGGAGGAGAUGAUUCACAAAGAACCGAAGCCAUUACCUAUUUUCACACAACUUUCGCGACAGAUCAAAGAAAGUCCUCUCUCUCUCUCAAAAUGGCUCUGCAAAUCUGGGAAACACUGAAGGAGGCGAUCGUGGCCUACACGGGCCUAUCUCCGGCGACCUUCUUCACACUCUUGGCUCUGCUCGUGGCCGCCUACCAUAUGCUUUCUGGGCUUUUUGGGCCGUCCGAUACCCACCAGCGGCCCAGGAGCUUGGAGGAGAUGCAGCCUCUGCCGCCGCCGCCGGUCCAGCUCGACGAGAUCACCGAGGAGGAGCUGAAGCAGUGCGACGGCUCCGAUCCCAAGAAGCCUCUGCCUAUGGCUCUCAAUACGGAUUCAAUUACUCCUUCCUCUUCUUCUCUCACCCGUUCAUCUCCAUACGAUGUGUUUUUGAGUUUUAGAGGUGUGGAUACUCGAGACAACUUCACAGGCCAUUUGCACACUUACUUGGCUCAGAAGGGAAUUAAUACCUUCAUAGAUGACGAAGAGCUUAGAAAAGGAGAAGAAAUAUCAUCUGCACUUCUCAAAGCAAUUGAAGAGUCAAAGAUUUCUAUCGUCAUAUUCUCUGAAAACUACGCAUCCUCAAAGUGGUGUUUGGAUGAACUUGUUCAUAUCCUACAAUGUAGAGGAUCAUCUGUGCAACAGCAAUUGGUUUGGCCGGUCUUUUACAAGGUGGAUCCUUCCGAAGUACGGUACCAGAAAGGUAAAUAUGGUGAGGCACUUGCUAAACAUGAGUGCAGAUUCAAGGACAACAUGGACAAGGUCAAGAGAUGGAGGACGGCUCUUAGGGAUGCAGCAACUAUAUCGGGGUGGACUUUCUCCGACGGGCAUGAGGCUAAGUUCAUUAGUGAGAUUGCUGAAGAGAUUUCGGUACAAGUAGCAAAACGUAGCUAUUUAGAUGUGGCAAAGCAUCCCGUUGGAAUAGAUUCUCGUGUACAAGACAUGCUUGAGCUUUUAGAUGUCGGGGGAAGUGAUGUUCGCAUGGUUGGUAUAUGGGGUAUUGGCGGAAUAGGCAAAACAACAAUUGCAAAAGCUGUUUACAACUUAAUUGCUCGUAAGUUUGAAGGUUGUUGUUUCUUGGGAAAUGUUACAGCAGAUUCACUACCCCAUCGAGGCCUAGUUCGACUACAAAAUUAUCUUCUUCAUGAGAUUUUAGGGGGGCGGAAAAUGAAGAUGACCGAUGCUGAUAGAGGAAUCCAGGUGAUAAAGGAAAGGUUAGGUAGUAAAAGGGUUCUCUUAGUUCUAGAUGAUGUGAAUAAAUUGAACCAGUUGGACAAAUUAGCUGGAGGAUUGGAUUGGUUUGGUUGUGGCAGCAGAAUUAUCAUAACAACAAGAGAUAAACAUUUGCUAAUUGCCCAUCAAGUCAAUAGAAUAUACACGGCCAAGGCAUUAGAUAAUGAUGAAGCCCGUAACCUCUUGAUUUUGAAUGCCUUCAAGGAAAACAGAAAUCCAUAUGAGUGUGUGCAAUUCCCAAUUGAAACUGCUUUACUCUAUACUCACUGCCUUCCAUUAGCUGUGAACAUUUUAGGUUCACAUCUCUGUGGUAAGAGUAUAAAUCAAUGGCAUGCUGCAUUAGAUAAUUACAGAAAGUUUCCUAAUUGCGAUAUCCAAAAAGUUCUCGAAACAAGUUACAGUGCAUUGGAAGAUCCGUUGAAAGAAGCAUUUCUUGACAUUGCAUGUUUCUUAAAAGGUAAACACAAGGACUAUGUGAUGCAAGCACUAGAUGGUUCUCACCUCAACCCUAUACAUGCUAUUGAAGUACUUGAAGAAAAGGCCCUCGUAAAAACUGAUAGAUCUGGUAUGAUUUGGAUGCAUGACUUGCUGGAGGAAAUGGGAAAAGAAAUAGUUCGUAAAGAGUCACCUAAAGAUGCUGGCAGACGUAGCAGACUAUGGUUUCAUGAGGAUGUUUAUCGUGUUUUGACUGAAAAUACAGGCUCAAAAAAAGUUAAAGGCAUCAUUGUAGAGCUACCAAGAGAAGAUGAGAUAUGUUUGAGUGCUAAAUGCUUUAAAAAGAUGAAAAAUCUUCAACUUUUUAUAAACAUUAAUGCACGCUUCUCUGGAGAGGUUAAUUAUCUCCCAAAUCAGUUGAGGUUCCUUGAUUGGCCUGGAUUCCCAUCACAAUCUUUGCCAUCCGACUUCAAUCCACAAAAUCUUGUCAUGCUCAAUAUGCCAGAUAGUCGCAUCUCACGACUUGGGCAAGGACUCAAGAUGCAACAAUUGAAAUCUCUAAGUUUUGAAGGUUGCAAAUUCCUAACAGAGGUCCCUGACUUGUUUGGAAUGUCUCCGAAGUUGGCGAGUUUGAAUUUAAGACGGUGUACAAAUUUAGCUGAGUUGCAUCCUUCUAUUGGAUUCCUUGAUAAGCUUGUCGACUUCAAUCUUCGGGGUUGCAAUAACCUUAAGAUGUUUCCAAGAAUAGUCAACACGAAAUCUCUGCGAAAUAUUGAUAUGAGAGGCUGCAAGAGGCUCAAGAACUUCCCAGAAAUUGUGGGAAAGAUGGAAUGCUUAACAUGCGUGGAUGUAUCUGGAACUGCCAUCAAAGAAGUGCCUUCAUCAAUUGGAUAUCAUCUCUUUAAUCUUCAAGAAUUGUAUUUAGAUUCAUGCAGAAACCUUACAAAUCUGCCACCCAGCAUUUAUGAGUUGCGAGAGCUAUGGAGUCUUACACUCUUAUCUUGCCCAAAACUGGUGCUACCUCCAAUUCCGAAGAAGGUGGAAUACCGUGAAGUGCCAACUCCAACGUCCAGCUCAAAGAUCUCACAUUAUGGCAAGGCAACUUCAUCAGAAGAAGAAAGUGAUUAUGACGGUGAUUACGAUGAUCAAGGCAAUUUAGCGUUAUUUCCUUCACUACGUUUUUUCUAUGCGGGAGGAUGCUGUACUUCUGACCGUGAUUUUAUUGUGAGGCUUGGUUGUGCCUCCACCUUAACAAAGCUUAAUUUUUCAGAAAGCUGUUGAAGGAAUAUCGAUUUAGUGUGCCUUAUCAAACUAGG